UAAGUUCUUUCAUAAGUCCGCAAUCUUAUCGGGCUUUCAUUUUUCGACAGUAUCUUAUAAGUUUUCGCUAAGCUGCGCAAACUUAUUAGUCAUUGCAUGCAGUGGUUGUUCUCGUAUCAUGUCCAACGUUGUGUUCCCUCCUUAUGCCUCCAGCCUCUGUGUGCAGGAUUCGCACUACGGUUCGAGCUUACAAGGCUUUCGGACACCAAGUAAACCCCGUUCUACAAGACCUCUGGGUCCAAGUCUUCAACACCAAUUUAGUCCAGAGUAUACGAUGGCGAUCCACCAAUCAUCGAGAGGACCGUUUGGCCGUUCUACGUCGAGGCCCUAUGAAGAGAACGAUGUGGCAAGAGACGUUCAAUACGCUCUUCGUGCUCAAGAACGCGCUAGGAUGAGGAAAGCCACAUUGGAAAGCAGUACCCACAGCAAAAGAGUGCAUAGUGGUUCCUCCUCAAUAGCAAAGCCCCAGGUUCUCCCGCCUUCGGAUCCUGAUAUGAGCCCAGCCUCAGCCAAUGCGGCUACCGACAUAGGGUCAAACUUUCAAGAGCCCCGCCAUCCAGUCACGAGUGAAAGAGUUCGCAUGCGCAGUUUCAGAUUCCCGCGUGUCAAAGACUCGAUAUCCCUUCCCUACCUUCAAAACCGUCGAAGGAAUACACCUCCCCCGUGUCACCGUACCUCGGCUGUGGAUGAUCUUCCUCCUCCCGUGCCCCAACUACCCCAAUUUCGACAUACAUACCCUCCCGCUGUCGCGACCGAAAACAGUCCUAAGCAUAUUGUUCCCCUUCCCCGCUUUGACCCAUUUUCUCGACCUCGUGCUGAUUCUUUGUCGUCCCUCGUGGAAGCUCGGAGCUCAGGGGUUGAGACUCAUACGAGCCGCCGUAGUCCAUCAACCGUGAGAACCGCUCGUUCGAAACAGGUAUCCGCAGUCAGUGACAUCUUCUCAAAUAUCAACCGACAAGCAGCUAGUUUGGGGGUGAAAACUUGUGUAUAGAAUCAACUUUUAUUGUGAAUGGAGUAUUUGUUGAAUCUAUUCUGGAUUAGAUCUUAUCAUUACAUAGACAGACCUUGAAAUAAUCUUGUAGUUUUGUGCCGUUAUGUAUGUCAUGGACUGGAGAUCUUGAAAAACUUUGAAGGAGAACCCAGGUAGAAAAGCAACCUACGC